CACUUUUGCAAACAUUUGUUUAUACCCUUCGAGAGAAAAACAUCUCAGCUGUCACAGGAAGCUGCUUCGGGGGGUGAGCAGACUUCUUAAACAUGCAGAAAUUAUGAUCUACACCCGUUUCUUAAAAGGCAGUCUGAAGAUGGCCAAUUACACUCUGGCACCAGAGGAUGAAUAUGAUGUCCUCAUACAAGGUGAACUGGAGAGCAAUGAGGCAGAGCAAUGUGACAAGUAUGACGCCCAGGCACUCUCAGCCCAGCUGGUGCCGUCACUCUGCUCUGCUGUGUUCGUGAUCGGUCUCCUGGACAAUCUCCUGGUUGUGCUUAUCCUGGUAAAAUAUAAAGGACUCAAACGCGUGGAAAAUAUCUAUCUUCUAAACUUGGCAGUUUCUAACUUGUGUUUCUUGCUUACCCUGCCCUUCUGGGCUCAAGCUGGUGGCGAUCCCAUGUGUAAAAUUCUCAUUGGACUGUACUUCGCGGGCCUGUACAGUGAGACAUUUUUCAAUUGCCUUCUGACUGUGCAAAGGUACCUAGUGUUUUUGCACAAGGGAAACUUUUUCUCAGCCAGGAGGAGGGUGCCCUGUGGCAUCAUUACAAGUGUCCUGGCGUGGGUAACAGCCAUUCUGGCCACUUUGCCUGAAUUCGUGGUUUAUAAACCUCAGAUGGAAGACCAGAAAUACAAGUGUGCAUUUAGCAGAACUCCCUUCCUGCCAGCUGAUGAGACAUUCUGGAAGCAUUUUCUGACUUUAAAAAUGAACAUUUCGGUUCUUGUCCUCCCCCUAUUUAUUUUUACAUUUCUCUAUGUGCAAAUGAGAAAAACACUAAGGUUCAGGGAGCAGAGGUAUAGCCUUUUCAAGCUUGUUUUUGCCAUAAUGGUAGUCUUCCUUCUGAUGUGGGCGCCUUACAAUAUUGCAUUUUUCCUGUCCACUUUCAAAGAACACUUCUCCCUGAGUGACUGCAAGAGCAGCUACAACCUGGACAAAAGUGUUCACAUCACUAAACUCAUCGCCACCACCCACUGCUGCGUCAACCCUCUCCUGUAUGUGUUUCUUGAUGGGACAUUUAGGAAAUACCUCUGCCGCUUUUUCCAUCUGCAUAGUAACAACACCCAACUUCAACCCAGGGGGCAGUCUGCACAAGGGACAUCGAGGGAAGAACCUGACCAUUCCACUGAAGUGUAAACUAGCAUCCACCAAAGGCAAGAUGAAUAAACAUGGAUUUUCAUCUUUUUGCAUUAUUUCAUGUAAAUUUUUUACACAUUUGUAUACAAAAUCAGAUACAGGAAGAAAAGGGAGCAGUGAGCUAACAUUUGCUAAGCAUUGAAUUUGUCUCAGGCACUGUGCAAGGCUCUUUGCAAACGUGAGCUCCUUCGCCUCCUACCAUUUGUCCAUAGUGUGGAUAGGACUAGUCUCAUUUCUCUGAGAAGAAAACUAUGGCGUGGAAAUUUGUCUAAGAUCACACAAUUAGGAAGUGGCAGAACUGAUUCUCCAACCCUGAUAGCAUUUGCUCAGAGCCUACGCUUGGUCCAGAACGUCAAACUCCAAACCCUGGGGACAAACGACAUGAAAUAAAUGUAUUUUAAAACAUCUA